GUUGUGUUGUUAUUACUGCAUUCGAUUAUCUCCAGCUUAUAACCCAAUCGUGAUCGCGGUCCUGCUGCUCUCUCUACGUCGCGUUUUCCAACACGACCGGCCCGGCCCACUCCAGCACGUGGGUAUCGGAAAUCGGCAUCUCCGGACCGGCUUCUCGUCAUUGUGCCGCUCGUUGCUCGAGGUUCGGUACAUUUCUAGCAGAAUUUUUUCGGCCUCCCGUUCAGAUCAUUCCUGCCGGCUCGUGAUGGGACCGUUCAGUUUCGGUUGAGGUGCGGAGGAAAAGUAGGAUAUUUUCUUGUGUUUUCCCGUCCGCCACAUGUGUGUCAUCCGACGGAACAUGGAUAGCUGGAUGCACGAAGUGGUGUCAAUGAUGACAGACACCCCUGUCCACGUGGAAGUGAGCUCGGCUGCUCCUCCACCCUCGUCAUCCAUCAAGAAAGAGGUGGAGGGUUUCGCCGAGUGCUCACCGUCAAAUAGCAACACGUAUUCUCCCAGUACAACAAUGGUGCAUGAUCCUAGCAUUGACUACCAAGAAAGCACAAAAUACGAAUUGAGCACCAGAUCUCCAGGUAGUCCAGAAAGGCAGUAUUGUUCGUCUACCACUCAGCCACACAAUGAUUCUGGUUUAGAACUCAAUGAUGACUUGAAGGCGGAAGGAUCACCAAGACGAGUUUGCUUAGUUUGUGGAGAUGUGGCCUCAGGUUUUCACUAUGGCGUUGCCUCAUGCGAGGCUUGCAAGGCUUUCUUCAAGAGAACCAUACAAGGAAAUAUAGAAUAUACUUGCCCGGCUAAUGGGGAAUGCGAAAUCAAUAAAAGGAGGAGAAAAGCGUGCCAGGCGUGCCGGUUUCGAAAGUGUCUGAGAUCUGGCAUGUUGAAAGAGGGAGUGAGACUGGAUAGAGUAAGGGGUGGAAGGCAGAAAUACAGGCGGAACCCGGAUUGUCCUUACCAGAUACAGGUGGUUUCUUCUCAAAGGUCUGUUCUUCAGCUUGAAGAUAUAAAGAUGCUCGAAGCGCUAGCGGCUUGUGAACCUGACCCUUUGGAGAUUAACACAAUGCUAGGAAAUCCAAAAUUACGUCACCUACCCAUACUCAGUGAACUUUUCGAUAAGGAAUUGGUUGGUAUCAUCGGUUGGGCCAAGCAGAUACCUGGUUUUACCGAUCUACCCAUUAAUGAUCAAAUGAGACUAUUGCAAAGUACCUGGGCAGAGAUCCUCACUCUAACGUUGGCCUUUAGAAGUCUUCCGUUAUUGGGAUCAUCAAGAUUGAGGUUUGCUACAGAUUUCACCCUUGACGAGAAGCAGUUGAAAGAGUGUGGUGCUUCCGAUCUGUAUCAAGGGUGUUCCCAAGUGAUUGAGAGAAUUGAUAGUCUAUCAAUUCUAAAAGAAGAAUACUACCUCCUCAAAGCUCUUGUGUUAACUAACUGUGAUGUUAAACUGGAAGAAAAUCAUUCUUUGAAGAAAUUCAGAGAUACUAUAUUGUCGGCUAUGUCAGACGCAGUUGGAGUACUGAGACCUUCUGGUGUUUUAUACCAAGUACAACAAUUACUUCUUUGUUUACCUGCCUUACGCCAAGCAGAUCAAAUAGUUCGUAAAUUCUGGUGCAACGUUCAUCAUCAAAAUUUAGCACCCAUGAAUAAAUUAUUCUUAGAAAUGUUAGAAGUUUACAGUCGGUAGCUAAAUUUAUGUCUUGCCUUAUGUAAGUAGAUCUUAUAGGGGGAAAACUAAAUUGUGAGUUCAAGGAAGGAAAUUUGAACAUCAAUAGAUGCUGAAAAUUUUCAGAAAAUCUACCAUUUCAAACGAUCUCUGGACAUACAGUCUGGUUAGGUGACUUGCAGUUUAUCAAGUACAUUACUACUAGAAAGAGAGUCAUCUGCUAAGAAUUUUAUCCAAUUUAUACUCAUUAUUUAUUUUGAGCCGAAAAAAUGCUAGGGUCUGUUUUAUCUUGAAUCGCCACUACAAUCUACAAUAGCCAUUAAUAAUUCAUAUGUAAUCUGCAUCCAUGAAUUUUGAUGCAAAGAUCAAUUAUCACGAAAAAUAUGUAAAUCAUUUGAAUCCGAUUACUUUUUCUGCAAUUUUUUUUGAGUACAUGGCCUUGAUAUGUAUUUUUCAUAUUGCUUAAGAAUGUAUUGCAGAAAAGAAACUAUGCACAUUCUUGUGAGAGGAACAUAUUAUGACUUUACAUGAUUUUUUUGUGAUCGGCGUAAGAAAUAUAUUUUUCUUUUAACUCAGAAUGAAAUAAAUUGUUGCAUCAAAAUUCAUCUUGGCAGAAAUUGUUUUAUAUAUACUAUUGUUUUUGCUGAAUUUAUAUUGAAUUUGAUGAUAUGUAAAAUAUUAUAUAAAAUAUUUAGAUGAAAAAUAAUUGUUGAAAAGUAGUUUUAAGUAAUAAAGUAUUUUGAAUAAA